UCCAAUCCGGAAAUGCGUCUCCGAGUCCGGUCUGGUUCCGUGGGGCGGCCUGUGGGACCUGCUGAUCGAUGAAACGAUCGAUUAGAAGCAGCCGAACCGAGCCGAACCGGAGCGGACCGAGGCUGGGUUCGCCAUGUCCAGGCGGAGCGGCGGGAAGAACCUGAUUAUCACAGACGAUGAGGAGGAGGAGCAGGAGGAGCUGAACCCAUUCUCCUUCAAAGAGUUCCUGCGCUGGAAGAACCAGAACCAGAACCAGGACCACACUCACAGCAAGCCAGGUUCUGACGUCAGCAGUGACUUCCUGUCUGAGGCUCACCUGGCAGCACAGGAGGAGGAUUUGGGGCGGAGCUUCCAGUCAUUGGUGGACAGCAGCUCUUCUGUCUGCACUAAUGAGGAGGAAGAGGAGGAGGAAGACGAUGAAGAAGAGGAGACGAGGUUCUCCUCCAAACCCGAAGGAGCUGCAGGAGGAGAGAACUACGAAGGAGACGAUGAGACCUCCAUCAGCGAGGCGGCCGGCGUCUGCAGGGGGAGGAGCGUGAGGAGCAGCCAGCUCCAGCAGCUGAAGGAGGAGAACAGCUCGCUGAGGAGAACCCUCAAGGAGCUGCAGAGGAGGGCCGACGGCCACCAGCGCAGGGCGGCGGUGCUGUCUGAGGAGCUGCUGCAGAGGAGGCGUCAGGAGGAGAAGGAGGCUCAGGACCUGGAGAGCAUGGUCCACUCGGUGGAGCAGAACCUGCAGCUGAUGACGAGACGCGCGCUGAAGGCGGAGAACGCCGUCUCCAGGCUGAAGGCGGAGCUCCAGCAGCUGCAGGUGGAGGCGGACGCUCUGCAAACGGAGAACAACCGUCUGAAGGCGGCAGAAUCCCAGGUCGUCAUGACGAUGAGACAAAACGCUCAGGUGGCGUCCGAGUACCUGAGCAAGUCGGCCAGCCACGCCCACUCCUCCCUCAGGCAGCUGCUGGAGGAAGCAGAGACUUUCCGUUUGGUCUCUCAGCUCCUGCAGUCCAUCGAGAAGAUCUCCAGCGUCCACCCUGAACCCUGAGGAGGUGCAGAGGAGGCGCAGAGGAGGCGCUGGCCACGCAGACGGGAGGUCACAGCCACCCUGUUUCCAGUGAGAAGGCAGAGAAGAAGAAGAAUGAUGCAGAUUUGCACAUUUUCUCUGCUUUAGGACUCAUUUUUACUUUGAGCUGAAGACAAAUUGUCUUUUUAAUGUAAUUGGUUUGAUUUCUGUAAUAUGAUGUAAAACCUUUUAUUCUACAGAAAAUGUUUAACAUUUUUUUAAGUAGAUUUUAGUGCAGACCUCACCUCCAGAUUCUGAAUAACAUGAUAUGAGAAAAUGAUUUAUUAACUUUUAUUUUCUGCUGACAAGGUUUGAUCUGACUCCAACUUCUGCCUUAGGGUUAACUGUCACUCAGAGUUCAACCUGCAGAAUCAGUAAAUGCUCAUUAUGCUUUUUCUUUCUCAUCAACAACUGGCCAUCUUUAGGGAAUACUUCCAUUUUUUUUUUUACGUGUGGAGGGGAAAUAAAAACCAGAAAUGAAGCCUGA